AGGGCGCAGGCUCCUUCCCAGAAGCAAAAGCGGAAACAAAAGAGUCUCGCCGGCGUCCCCGCCCGCACACUCGCGCACACUCGCGCUCGGGCGCACUCGGAGCAAAGGAACCGGCGCCCGGAGCGAGCCGGGACCCACCGAGCUGAGGCCGCCUAACAGCCCACAAGCCGAGCCCGCUACGACCCGCGCCCCCGAGCCCUGCAGCCGCGUCCGCGUCCCCGCUGCCCUCCCUGACCCAUGGCGCUGAAGCGGAUUCAGAAAGGACUGCUCUACACCUGACAUGUAUCGUUUCAUGUGACUGUCAUAGAAACUAUGGAUGAAAGUAGUCAUGCUGCAUUAUAUGAAAUAAAACUGAGAUUUGGAGUGAAAAUUAUUUUCCCAAGAUCAUGUGGCAAGAAUUAAGUGAUCUACAGCGUGAUCCACCUGCUCACUGUUCCGCUGGACCCGUGGGAGAUGACUUGUUCCACUGGCAAGCAACUAUUAUGGGGCCUCCUGAUAGCGCAUACCAAGGUGGAGUCUUCUUUCUCACUGUACAUUUUCCGACAGACUAUCCUUUUAAACCACCAAAGAUUGCUUUCACAACAAAAAUUUAUCAUCCAAAUAUAAACAGUAAUGGAAGUAUUUGUCUUGAUAUCCUGAGGUCACAGUGGUCACCAGCUUUGACUGUAUCAAAAGUUUUAUUGUCCAUAUGUUCUCUACUUUGUGAUCCUAAUCCAGAUGACCCCUUAGUACCAGAUAUUGCACAGAUCUAUAAAUCAGACAAAGAAAAAUACAACAGACACGCAAGAGAAUGGACUCAGAAAUAUGCAAUGUAAAAGCAAAAACAACCUUUUCAUAUAUAACAGUACUGUAAAAUCUAGAUUUUUUUCAACAUUAGCAGUAAAUUGAGCACUGUUUACUGUUUCAUUGUACCAUGAAACCCUUUGAUUUUAACCCAUUUUAAAUGUGUUUCUGGAGCAAGACAAAAACUUCCAAAAAUACCCUUAAGACUGUGAUGAGAGCAUUUAUCAUUUUGUAUGCAUUGAGAAAGACAUUUAUCAUGGUUUUUAAGAAACUUGGACAUCUGCAUCUUCAGCUUACAAGAUCUACAAUGCAGCUGAAAAGCAACCAAAUUAUUUUUUGCUGAAACUAAAUGUUUUUACAUGAGAAAUACUGUAUGCGUUGUCUGAGAUGUCACUUUUAUAAAUCUGUAUUCAGAUUUCAUUCUUUGUUAGCUCACUUUAUAAUUUGUAUUUUUUUACUGUAUAGACUAAAUAUAUUCUAUUUACGUGUAUGUCAACUCAUUAUGUUUUUCCUGUGAACAGUAUUGAAAAACUCCAACAGCUGAUAAUUAAAUGAAUUAACUGUG